CUCUUACUCCAACAGGACGGUCCGCGGAGAUAAGCUGAAUCUGGUUUAGCGUGUCGGUGCUGACAAUUUGCCGCCCGGUGACCUCAACUUUUCCCAGCCCAGGCAGGUGCAAGUCAGAUUCAAGCUCUGCCCUCUCAACUCCCCCAACACCCAUCCUUUUUGUGAGGUCAGAAUGUCCAGCGUUGGAGCUUCGGUCUGGAGACAGGCAUCGCGUGCCUACGCCCGGCGCCUGUCGUCACCGCAGCACUUCUCCCUGACUCCGGCUUUCCCUCGGGUAUCUGCUGCCCGGCGGUUCUACGUGUCCGAGACCAAGGCUGCAAAUGCUCAGGUAAAAGUGGACACGGUCAUCAAGGAAGAGCAGAAGGCAUUUGUGGAUAAGACGGGCAUCCAGCCGGCGAAUGUCAAGCUGCCCGGCUCGGCCGUGACGGGCGAUGCCUCGAUGAGUCCGUCGGCCGGCAUCCUCAAGCAGGCCACGGUGAUGGACCAAGGCACCCGCCCCAUCUAUCUCGACAUGCAGGCGACUACUCCGCUCGACCCCCGCGUCUUGGAUGCCAUGCUUCCUUACCUGACCGGCAUCUACGGCAACCCCCACUCCCGAACGCACGCCUACGGCUGGGAAUCGGAGAAAGCCGUCGAGGAGGCGCGAGAGCACAUCGCCAAGCUCAUCGGUGCCGACCCCAAGGAAAUCAUCUUCACCAGCGGCGCGACCGAGAGUAAUAACAUGAGCAUCAAGGGCGUGGCGCGCUUCUUUGGCCGCUCGGGCAAGAAGAAGCAUGUCAUCACCACCCAGACGGAACACAAGUGUGUUUUGGACAGCUGCAGGCAUCUUCAGGAUGAGGGUUUCGAGGUCACCUAUCUCCCCGUGCAGAGCAAUGGCUUGAUCCGCAUGGAGGAUCUGGAGGCAGCCAUUCGUCCCGACACGGCCUUGGUCAGUGUCAUGGCCGUCAACAACGAGAUUGGCGUGAUCCAGCCUCUUGACGAGAUUGGCAAGCUCUGCCGCUCGAAGAAGAUCUUCUUCCACACCGAUGCUGCGCAGGCAGUCGGAAAGAUCCCUCUUGAUGUCAACAAGUCCAACAUCGACUUGAUGUCCAUCUCGAGCCACAAGAUCUACGGCCCCAAGGGUAUCGGCGCUUGCUAUGUGCGCAGAAGGCCCAGGGUCCGUCUUGAGCCCCUCAUCACUGGAGGUGGCCAGGAGCGAGGUCUGCGCAGUGGUACCCUGGCUCCUCACCUGGUUGUUGGCUUUGGCGAGGCUUGCCGCCUCGCCUACCAAGAUAUGGAGUACGAUUCGAAUUACGUCAACCGUCUUGCGAAGCGCUUGAUGGACGGCCUUUUGUCCAUGGAGCACACGAAUCUGAACGGCGACCCUGAUCGCCACUAUCCCGGCUGUGUCAACGUCUCCUUUGCGUACAUUGAAGGCGAAUCGCUCCUGAUGGCUCUGAAGGACAUUGCGUUGUCUUCCGGCAGCGCCUGUACCUCGGCCUCGUUGGAGCCGAGUUAUGUCCUGCGGGCUCUUGGCAACAGCGACGAGAACGCGCACAGCAGCAUCCGCUUCGGCAUUGGACGCUUCACCACCGAAGAAGAAAUCGACUACGUCCUCAAGGCGGUGCGCGAGCGGGUCGACUUCCUGCGCGAGCUGAGCCCUCUCUGGGAGUUGGUCCAGGAGGGUAUUGAUCUGAACACCAUCGAAUGGAGCCAGCACUAAGUUUUUCUUUCCAUUGGCCCUUUCCUGAUGGCCUCCUUUCUCUAUACCUUAAUCUGGUGUUGCAGCGGUUCAUUAUUAUGUGGAAUGAUUUCCCCGUUGGUUUCCGGCGCGGACUGGGCCUUGGUCCGGUCUGGCAGCUUCGGGUUGUUUUGGUUCGGCGUUGUGUAUUACUAGUAUUAUUCAUGUAGUUGAUGGUAGUCAUACGCAUAUAUUAAUUCUUAAAUAUCCAUUGU